AUGGACGCCGUCACCAGGGUGUUCAAUGGAAACUACACAAUCCCCGUUCAUUUCACUUUCUACGAUCUCGCCGACCAGAUCGACACCCAAUUCUUCUCCGGCAACUCGCCCGUACCACCAACCGAGUACCUCCAGCCCCUUCUUUCCGCCUACGACAACCAAAAACAAACCUGGCUCCGCAAGGCGAUCUUCCCAUCCUUCUUCCACGGUAAAUGCCAGGAUCCAGUUACAGGUGUCAACCCACCUGGGUGCCCGAACCCCGAUUGUCCUGUCGUUUGUGGGACGCCUGGUUCGAUGGUGCACUACUACUCGAGGCUUCGGUAUAUCGCGUUUAAUGCGACUUGGCAUUUGUUGCAUGAGCUUACUAGGACAGAUUCGGCGGUUUUUGAGCAGGUGAGGAGGAAUGUGGAGGGUGCGUUGGAAGUCGUGGCUACUGGCGCUGCGGGUGGGAGGGUUAGGAGGGGUGAGAGGCGGAGGCGGGGUCCGGCGAGGUUGGAGGCGUUGAAUAGUCUGGUGGGAUUGAAUGAUGUGCCGGCGUUGGAUUCGAUUCAUUCGAAUGGGCUUGGUCUCGUCAAGCCGCAGAAGGGUGGGGAGAUGGCGCUUCUGAACGGUCUUAAUCUGCGAGACGAGCUACCCGACAAUCUCCCCAAAUCAACUAUUACUCUGGUGUCAGGCCUUCCUAGGCGGUUAUUCGUCGACCGGGGACUGGAAAAGCGGGAUCAACAUACGAGGGAUACGCUGGCGCGUAUCUUUAGGAGGAUUAGGUUCUCUUUGGAGCAGAUUUGUGGUGGGACGGGGAAGGGGAAGACGAAUGGACUGCCGUAUUGUAGUUGGGAACAGCAGAUGAAGGAGUAUAUUUUGACGUUCCCUUGA